UACAAUUUUGCGUACAUUAGGACGCAUUCGCUCGAGCACGCACACCGGAAGUAUUAGGUGGUCAACAUGAGGGUCCUGAUGAGCGUGUUAAUGAUGGCGGCAGUGGUGGUGUUAGCCGAGGAGGCCGCCGAAUCGAAAAAGGACAAGCGUGGACUCUUUCUCGGCGAUUACGGCACCUACGCUGGCUACGGCCACUACAAUGGACACGAGCACCAUACCAUCGUAAAAACGGUUCCAGUACCGGUGCACGUGCCCAAGCCUUACCCCGUCACCGUACCCGUCGAUCGCCCCUACCCUGUCAAAGUUCCCGUUGAAGUUCCGAAGCCUUACCCGGUUGCUGUACCAGUGCCGCAGCCUUACCCAGUUGUGCACACAAAGACCAUCACCGUCCCCGUGGACAGACCUUACCCGGUUAAUGUUCCGGUUAAGGUCCCCGUCCAUGUACCAGCUCCGUACCCGGUCAAGGUCCCAGUCCCAGUCGCAGUCCCCGUGCCCCAUCCAGUCGUGGUCAAGGAGAAGAUUCCCGUUUACGUUAAGGGGCACGGAAGCUACGGCUACAGCUUUCCUAGCGGUUACGAUUAUUUGUAAGCGGCGAUUUCAUCGGAGGAGGCGGCCAAAGCCGACACAGACAGACGUCGAGUCGACCGAUCAACCCACCAAUAAAUAUUAAUUUGCGAUGUACGCGCAACAUAAGCCACGACAUUACGUAGACAUUACGUGUCAGGGCGCGCGAUCAACCAAAACAUGCUCCAUUAAAUGUAAUUACAUCACCACGAAAGGAUAGCAUAAUAAAAGGAAUUUGUAAA